AUGGCGCUUCCUGAGCAAAUUCAGGAAUUGUUUCAGUGCUCAUGGCCAGUCCUACUCCUGGGAUUUUUCAUUGCCAGACUCCUGAUCAACAAAUACGGAGGGAAUCUUAAUUCAAUUCCAGGUCCUUUCUUUGCCGGUUUCACGAAUAUUUGGCGUGUUCUCAAUACCCUCCUCUCCAACCCAACCGAGACACAGAUUCAGUUGCAUCGGAAGCUCAACUCGAAUUUUGUGCGGAUUGGCCCUCGCGUUGUGUCUAUAUCUGACCCAAAACUCAUACCAACAAUUUACGGAAUCAAGUCAGAGUUCACGAAGACCUCGUUUUAUUCAAUCGCCGAACUGUGGUACGAAGGGAAGUGCACGCCGAGUCUUUUUGAGUGUCGAGAUGAAGCCUAUCAUGCACAGAUCAGGAAACCUCUCGUGAAUGCAUACAGUAUGACAACAAUGAUUGACUUUGAACCCGCGGUGAACUCGACCACUGAGUUGUUCAUGUCAAAACUGGACCACUUUGUUGUUUCUGGGGAGCCAUUGAAGUUGGAAGUGUGGCUACACCGCUAUGCAUUUGACGUAAUAGGCGAGAUUCUGUUCAGUAAGAAACUAGGCUUUCUCGAAUCGGGGACCGAUGUUGAGUCCAUCAUGGCUGGAAUUCGAGCUUUUACCCAGUAUCUUUCAGUCGCUGGACAGAUUCCAAUCGUGGACCAUUUUCUGUUGAAGAACCCUCUCAUGCUGAGAUAUGGACCGGCCAACCCCAUAGUAACAUUCACACUCAAUCGAAUGAAAGAGAGGGCGGCCUGGAAGGCAAGUCGGGGUCAGACAAAGCGGGACUUUCUUGAAAGAUGUCUCGAAGCUCAAGCCAAAUACCCAGAGGUGGUAACAGACAGAAUGGUCAUGCUUUACAACUUUGACAACAUUGCUGCUGGGUCUGACACGACCGCAUUGACUCUGACUUCGCUCUUUUAUUAUCUUCUCAAGAACCCGGCGACGCUGGGAAAGGCUGUUGAGGAGUUGGAUUGUGCUGAUAAAGAGGGCCGACUUAGCGAAUAUGUCACCUGGCGCGAGGCGAGGAAGUUGGCAUAUCUGCAAGCCUGCAUAAAGGAAGGAAUACGCAAUUCUGAUAAUUGUGCGUUGUGUGUAGGUAUGCAUCCUCCCAUCGGCCUCAUCCUCGAACGACACGUCCCAAAGGGUGGCAUUGUACUGGGCGGCCAUUACUUUCCCGAAGGUACAAUCGUGGGAGUGAACGCAUGGGUCACAGCACGAAACAAGGAAGUCUACGGUGAGGACUGCGACUGUUUCAGGCCAGAACGAUGGCUCGAGGCGUCGGAGGAACAACUUAUGGCUAUGGAACGAGGCAACCUUGCAUUUGGCUAUGGCAAGCGCGGAUGCCUAGGCAAGAGCAUUGCACUGUUGGAGGUUUCGAAGCUGGUGCCGCAGCUGCUUCGCCAUUACGAGUUCUCAUUCACGCGGCCCGAACUGGAAUGGAAACUUCAUGGUGGCUGGAUGGUGCGGCAAGAGGGUGUCGAAGUGGCCCUCCGCAAACGUACGUGA